AUGAGAAAAUUACGCUACGAGGCAUUACACGUUGGAUACUUCAUCGGCCACUGCACAUCGAGGCUAGACCAACAAGGUCACACGGUACGCACGCCCACGGACACAGAGCUCAUGUGUGAGGCACGAUUAACGAUCACUCUUCCGGAUCCGGAUGGUCUGCAAGAGGGUGGUCAAGGUGGUGGAUUCCCCCCUGAUGAUCUUUUUGGACACUUCUUCGGCGACAUAUUUGGCAUGGGAGGUGGCAGCAGAGCGCGAGGCCCCACUCGCGGGGAAGACACGAUGCAUCCUCUCAAUGUGACGUUAGAGGACUUGUAUAUGAGUAAAACGACCAAGUUACAGUUAAGUAAAAACGUAAUUUGCGGACCUUGUAAAGGUUUAGGUGGCAAGCCUGGGUCAGUUGUGACAUGUAAAGAUUGUCAUGGUCAGGGUGAAACAAUCAAUGAAAAAGAUAAAUGCCCAAAAUGUAAAGGUAAGAAAGUUGUAAAUGAAACUAAAAUUUUGGAGGUGCACAUCGACAAAGGAAUGCGACACCAACAGAACAUUCAUUUUAAAGGAGAGGGUGACCAGCAGCCUGACACUCAACCUGGAGAUGUAAUUAUUGUGUUGCAGCAAAAGCUUCAUGAUGUAUUCCAACGGACUGACGAUGACCUAUUAAUGGUGCAUGAAAUCUCUCUAACUGAAGCAUUGUGUGGUUUUGAGUUUAUUGUUAAACAUUUAGAUGGUCGAGAUUUACUUGUGAGACACCCUCCUGGUGAGGUAAUUAAGCCUGGAGAUCUUAAGGGCAUUUUGGGUGAAGGUAUGCCCCAGUACAAAAACCCAUUUGAGAAAGGCAAUUUGUAUAUAAAAUUUGAUGUGGUUUUUCCGGAAAAUAACUUUGCUACUGAAGAGCAGAUGAAACAAAUUGAAUCUGCUCUGCCUCCCCGCCCAGCAUUUGUUAUGCCAACUGGAGAGGAUGUAGAAGAAGUCAACUUGACAGAGUGCACUGGAAAUGAGGGUGGUAAGGGUCGGCAGGAAGCUUAUGCUAGUGACGAUGAAGAACACAUGCACGCUGGCCCUGGUGUGCAAUGUGCUCAUCAAUAG